UUUACAUCAUCUUUCUCCUUCCUUCUUCCACGUCGGUCCAACUACCGCUAAUUUCGGUAUGGAGAGCAACAAGGACGAGGCCAUCCGGUGUCUCGCCAUUGCACAGAAGCACCGUGAUGCAGGAAACUACCCUUCCGCCCGUAAAUUCUGCCAGAAGUCUCUAGCUCUGUUUGAGACGCCCGAAGCACUCAAGCUGCUGGCGUCCCUUAAUGUGGCAGAGAAUGGCUCUGAUUCGACACCCUCUUCGUCAUCCUCAUCCACGGAAGCGCAUCCCUCAUCAUCUGGGACUAGACAUCGGCAUACGAACAAUGCGUCAUCACCGUCAAGUUCUAUGGGAAAUGGGACCGCUGGAGGUAUUGGAGGCGAAAAGAGAGAGUAUACUGCAGAACAAAUAUCGGUUGUGAAGAGGGUAAGGGCAUGCAAGGUGACGGAAUACUAUGAGAUUCUGUCCGUUCGCAAGACUUGCGAAGAAGCAGAUGUGAAGAAAGCAUACCGAAAGCUGGCACUGGCUUUGCAUCCAGACAAGAACGGCGCCCCUGGUGCAGAUGAAGCUUUUAAAAUGGUUUCUAAAGCUUUCCAAGUCCUAUCGGAUGCUCAAAAGCGUGCUAUCUAUGAUCAGAGCGGCGCUGACCCAGAGGACCGAAGCGGAGGCAUGUCAUCACGGCCGUCAGGAUUCUCAUCUCGCCCAUUCGCAAGUCCGGGUCAAGGAUUCGAUGGCGAGCUUAGCCCUGAGGACCUCUUCAAUAUGUUCUUUGGUGGUGGAAGUGGUUUCGGUAACGGCUUUGGUGGUGGACCAGUAUUCACGGCGUCAUUUGGACCUGGUGGCUUCCGUACGACACGCGCUGGAGGGCCAACACUUCGCCGGCAACAACAGGAAGCAGCGGAACCGCGGUCAUUACUUGUCCAACUUUUGCCUCUCUUCAUAUUAUUCGGAUUUUCGAUUCUAUCAGCACUACCUAAUCUAUUCAGCUCUCCACCUAUCCCGGAUCCUCGUUACUCGUUUGUAGGGGGCUCUCGCUAUUCAGUGGAGAGGGAAACAGCAGACCUUGGCGUCAAAUACUAUGUCAAUCCCGGAGAGUGGACAAGUCACCCUGUAGUUGGUCCGGAAGUAGCGAGACAAAAAUCUUCAGCUUCCAGCUCGAACGCAGAACGGGGACCGGCGGUGGCAAAAUUUGAGAGAAGUGUGGACACCGCUUACACCGAGCGUGUUUAUUCGGAGUGCAGACGAGGUUUGGACCAAAAGGACCGAGCAAAAGAGGCAGAGAUUGGACUCUUUGGAUUUGGAACUGACUGGGAAAAGGUGAAGAAGAUUGAAAGCGAGGUCAUAGAAAGCUGCGUAGAGUUCGAGCGGCUGAACGCGCGACGGCGGCGUUGAUAACUUAUUAUUCGUUUGUUUGUUGGAUUUGUAGGAAUAUGGUUGCAUUUAGCUUAUCAGACCACCCGCUA